UCUAGACUUCAGUGCCGGUUUGAGCGGCGUUCGCGCCAGAUUGUCACACGUCGCUCGAUUGAUUCUCCAACGUGUCACGCGUCAAGUAAUGUUGUUGUCGACGUCAUCCUACACGAGAGUGAAAUCUUUCGAUAGUUGGUAAAAAAUGAAUAAUCUCCUUACGUGUUAGUUGGGAAUAUUUUGUGAGAAAGCGAAAAUGGUAAAUGGAUACGAAUCUAUGGAGACGGAGGAGAGUCACGAAGAUGCCGGAGAGAGGAACCAACAGGUCUCUUCGGCGAACGCCUCAGAAGACAAUACUUCCUCCCAACCCCCGGCGACAACGACUAUCGGGACGAUAGCUCUCAAAAGCGGAGAUACCCGUCUGGUCAUUGCUCUUCUUCAAAAUGGAGAAUGGCUGCGAUUGAAAGUUUUGGAGAUCCAACCAGAACUAACGAAAUUAGGUUCUUCUCCGGAAGAAGCAACGGAACUCUCGAACGCCCACGACGAAGUUCUUCUUCGGUUGCAGAGCAAACAAAGCCCCGUGGAAGAAUUGCUACGACAAGCCGAUCGACUUAUUUCGACGCAGAGGCUAAAAGCGGAAGUUUACAAAGCUAUGGCUGAAACUCUUGCCAAUGCGUGGAGGGACGUAAAUUCUCUCUUAGAACGACGAAAACAAAUUCUUGAUAGGAAUGUUCUCUUUCAGUGUCGAGCGGAAGAAUGCAAAGAGAGCAUGCGAGCCUUGGAAAUGGCUUGCAACGACACGUUAUUACCAAUUGAGAUUGAGGCAGUGAAAAAUUUUCUUGGUAAAAUUCACGACUUGCGAAAAGUAAUGUUGGAGGCUGUAAUGGGUGCUCUACAAGAAGGAAAGAUUUUGCUCGAUCGACUCAAAGAAAUUUCUAAUGAGGGUACCCUCGAUUCUAGACCCGAUAAAAUCAAGGCAGAUGCUGAUUAUGCCAUUUUACAAGUUGAGACUUGGCUCGAGGAACUUCAUGACAGAAGACGAUUAAUCGAGGUGUCUUUUAAAAGCAGAAAGACUCAACUUGAACAAUGUCUUGCAUUAGCAUUACUUGCAACUGAUCUCAGAGAACUUGAAGAUAUUUUAAACAUUAGGAUAACCGCUUUAUCCAGCACUAGUGACCAUUUGGGUGAUUCGUCAGCCAGUGCCGAAUUGUUACUCUUCGAAUGCAAAAAAUUGCAAAACGAGGCAAAGGAUUUUCAAGACAGAGCGAUCAGGAUAACGAAGUCGACAGAGCGACUAGUGUCAUCAGGGCAUUUUGCGGGCGAACAAGCAACUGAGCAGGCCUACGCAAUUCUUGGUGCUGCAGCAGAUUAUAUUAAUGAUCUGGAUCAGUAUAAAACUUUGCUGAACAGAGCCGUAGCAUUCUUUGAAGCUGCUCGAUCCGCUCUUACAAAGAUGGAUCAGCUGGAAAUUCAACUGGUAACAACCGAACAUUCGCCACACUCGCCAGCUUUCGCAAGAUUACAUGCUCAGGUGGUUGAAACUUUGGAAGACAUUACAAGGGAACCUCUGGCGGAAGGUCACGCCCUUCUCGAAAUUACGGGAAGGGGAGCGCCCGGUGCAGAGGGCGUCAAACGAAUGGUGGAGGAUAUAGAAGACAGAAAAAUCCGUCUAUUAGAGAACUGUACUGCUCAUAGAGAAGAGAAUGUCCGAGUAUCCCAAUGUUUGCACGACUUUUUCGAAAAAUAUAGAAACCUUCGAUCAUGGCUAAGCAGCAUUGUCGAAUCCUUCCUUCGAGGUCAUCAGGAUAUGGGCAGCGAUUUACGAAUGGCUAAGGAUUUUUAUCAAUUGCACUGUCAGCUGUUAAAUGAUUUAGAGAAAAAGAGCUUCGAAGUUCAGAUGAUCGACCAGAAUAUUUCACAAGCAGAUAUGCAUUCACACCUAGAGAAGAGCGAGCAACGUGAUAUCGAUGAGAAAAUGAAAGAGCUGCGCAAUGCUUGGCUAGUUUCGAAAAAAUCCCUUGAAGCGAGAAUUCAAUUAGGAUCUCUUUAUGCCGAUUUUCAUCAAGCGGCCACAAAUUUGGAAAAUGAACUUAACUCCUUAGAAGCAGAUCUAAAGAACAAUGCUGACAACUUGGACGAUGAGAAGAUGGCACAAUUAGAACAACGAUGGAGGACUCUACAACCUUACUAUUUAAGACUGACGGCUACAGGAAAGGCAUUUUUGGAUGAAGGAGAAAAGAUUAACGAUGCGUAUCUAGACGUACCCAGAGCUUGCUUGUGUGUAGAAACAACUUUGGAACGCUUUUCCAAUAGGCAGUUUACGGUUACCAAGACUUGGGAAAAUUGGCAAAAUACAAUUACGAUAUUAAAGGAGAGACUUGUGGAAAGAGAGAAAAAAUUAGAAGAAAGUACAAGGACUUUGGAAUGGGUUGCCAAAUUUAGGGAGCAGCUGUAUCCAAUAAUAACAUCCGAAUCGACAAAGUCAUCUACAAUUCUUCGAGACUUGGAAAGUUCGCGAUCUCGAAUACUUCCCGAAUUGAACAAAGCUGUUUCAGAAUUAGAUGCGAGAAUCAAAGGGAUCGAUGCGUUUGAACAUCGAGGAGAUGAUAUCACUGACCAGCUGAUUAGAAAGCAAUUAUCCCAAGUCUCAGAACAUCUACAAUCUACGGCCUUGGAUUAUCAAACUCUCUUAGAAUCUUUGAUCUCAGUUUUUGAAAAUCUCACAGAGAAUGAGCUAAAAACCGAUCAGCAAAUCCAGACUCAAGACAUAUUUCAUCUGACGAAUCUGCCAAAAGAGGCUGUUCGCGAAGUUAAGACUCAACUGCAGCGCCAUGAAAUAGAAUUAAGUUCAUGUACAGAAUCUUUAGCACGAGUUCGAUCGGAAAUGGAAAAUGUUAUUCCCAGAAUUGAAAGACAAGAACCACCGGAGGCUGCAAGACAAGAUAUUCAGAAGAUAAAACAAGCUGUUAAUAAUGUUACUACAUCCUGGGAAUCUUCUUGGACAAAUGAAAAAUUACGAUUAGAAUAUGACCUUCAAUUUUCUUUGCUUAGAGAAGACCUCGAGAAAAUCGACAAGGAGAUACAGGAAUUAAGUAAACAAUUGAGAACGAUAUCCUGCUGGCUUGGAGAAAAUCUAAGCUCAGCGAAAGCAGCUUCCGAGUCUUUCAAUCAUUUCGAAAAAAGUCUUGAGAUUAUUCGAGAUAAGCUUGAAAGUUUCAUCGAAAUAUCCGAGGAAAAGCUGCCCAAGGAGUCAAGCCUCAUCCAACAUGAGAUUGAGUCUCUGAGGGAGAAAUUGAAGAAAUUGAAAAUGCAGGCUGAUGACACCAGAAAACGCAUUAAUUCGAGCAUAGAAUAUUUUGAGUUACUCGACGAAACUAAAGACUGGUUCAAGGAAGGAAGUAAAUUGUUGAUAAUUAUAGCAAGAAAAACUUCCACGGUUAAAGAACCACAAGAGGCUAUUGACUUGUUGGCUGACAUAGAGAAAUUUUUGAAACCUGGAGAAGACAAGCAGGAAAAGAGAAUUGAACGUAUUAGAGAGCUAUCUACUCAAGUGUUUGGAACAGACAGACUUCCACAAUUUAAUGAGGUGGUUGUUGAAAAUCGUGAAAUGCUCGACUCUUUUGCGGUAGUGUCUUCUGAGUUACGAACAUUGGCAGAGAAUUUGAGGAAUGCUGCAGAUUUGCGUGAGAAACUGAAGAAAGAACAAGAUGAAGCUGAUGCAAAACUAGAAGAGGCUAAAAAGGAAGCAAAUGCCGCCCAGGCUGCUGCUGCUCAAGCUGAAAAUGCAAGGAAAAUUGCUGAACGUCUUACUGCAGAAACUCUUGAAAAAGCUGCAGAAGAAGCCAAACGAUUGACAAAACUUGAAGCUGAAGCAGAAAAAGAACGAGAGAGAAAUCGACAAGUUGCAGUGUCUGCUCAAACCGAAAAAACGAAUUUAUUAGACGAACGAUUAGUGAAAGAAACUAUCAUGAAGGAAACUUCAUCUGUAACGACUAAGGAGAUUCAUAUUCUUCAAAAGUCUGAAAUCAUGGAAACUAUACCAAUUCAGAUUCAACCAAUCCUAGAGCAGGAACCAACUAUAGUUAAGGAAGAAAUAAUAAAAGAAGAAAUUAACUUAAAACCAACAAGUGAUAAUGAACAAAAAAUUUCGGAACAUCAGUCAUUGAAUAUACCUGUUUCAAUGGCUCCACAAUUUACAGUUUCACUAAAUGAUGCUACGAUUCAGGAAGGAGAAAAACUUACUUUUGAGUGUCAUCUCAUUGGUUCUCCAGAACCAGAAGUCUAUUGGUAUAAGGAUGGGAUAUCAAUAAUUAAUAAUCCAGAUUAUUUUACUAGCUAUAAGGAAGGAAUUUGCACUCUUACUAUUGAAGAAACAUUUACUGAAGACUCAGCUAGAUUUACGUGCAAAGCUUCUAAUGACCUUGGCUUAGCAGAAACAGAAGCAAUACUAACUGUUAAAGAAACUGCGCCUGAAGAACAACCGAGUUCUCCACAUUUCAUUAAAGAACUUCAAUCAUCAGUUGCAAAUGAAGGUUCAACUCAUAGACUCGAGUGCUUUGUGGAAGGAAAUCCAUUACCUACUGUUAUGUGGUUUAAGAAUGAUAUAAAUAUUGAUAACUGCCCGAAUUAUAUAAUAAAUUAUAACAACGGAGGAGCAGUAUUGGAAUUUGAAGAAGUUUUUCUUGAUGAUCAAGCUACCUAUUCAUGCAAGGCAACAAACUGUUUAGGAGAAGCCUCUACUUGUUGUAGUCUGGCAGUCAAGUCUCCUCAAGAUGUUGCAGCCCCGUUAACAGAAAAACCGCAGAUCAUAUCAUCUCCUUCAAACAUCAUGGCGAGGACAGGAGAAAAAGUCAAAUUGGAAUGUGAAGCAACAGGUAAUCCUACACCAACAUUGAUCUGGACUCACGAUGGAAACCCCAUUGAAGACACAAGUACACUUAAGAUCCACACUGAUGGAGGGAGAACCAGUCUCGUCAUUUCGGAAGCGUUCCCAAAAGACGCCGGAAGUUACGUAGUGAUUGUGCGAAAUUCGGCUGGAGAAGUAACAGCAUCUUGCAACGUGUCGGUAAAGGGAAGACUUCCAACAAACGAAACCAGCGAUUCCGAACACCUUUGUAGUGAUAUGAAGCCAAUAGUGCCCAGCAUUCGACUUCCACUGAAAGAUAUUCAAAUCAAGGAAGGAGAAAGUGCCAGAUUGGACUGCAUUAUUAUUGGACAUCCAGAACCUGAGGUGAUUUGGUACCAUGAUGAACGACCUGUGAAAGAGUCAGCUGACUUUCAAUUACUAUUUCAAGGAGAUAGAUGUUCCCUUGUUAUUCACGAGGCUUUCUUGGAUGAUGCAGGACUCUAUAAAGUAGUUGCCAUCAAUUCAAGUGGUGAAGCUUCUAGUAACUGCAUAUUAUCAGUUAAACCUAGAGGAUUCAAAGAUACACCAGAAUCAACUCCAGUGUUUGUCAAGUUGCUUACUGAUUUGCUGGUAGCUGAAGGAGAAGAAUCCGUUUUCGAUUGUGUGAUAACCGGAGAACCAAAGCCGGAAAUCAGGUGGUACCUAAAUGGAGAUGAAAUUGUUGAAAAUGAUAGAAUUAAGAUAACGAAAGAGGAAAAUGGAACAAAUAUUCUUCGGAUAUCGUCGACUCUUCCAGAAGACAAAGGAAAUUAUAUUGCCAAAGCUACAAAUCAUCUUGGGGAAGCGAAAGCUUUUGCACGACUUGUUGUGAGAGUUCUUGGUGAUUUCCAAAAGAAGGACGAACUUGUCAGGAUGGAAGAAAAAUUGGUAGCACCAUCUUUCAAAGAACGAUUCGAGAGCAAGAGUGUUUUUGAAGGAGCACCAAUUAAAUUUGAAUGCAUCGUGACUGGAAAACCAGCUCCCAAGAUUCAGUGGCUUUUCAAUGAACGUCCGGUGCAUGGAAAGGAUUUUCUGGUGUCUGUUAGUGGAGAACGUCAAGUACUAACCAUCCCGGAAGCAGUAAAAGCUCACACUGGUACCGUCUCCUGUGUAGCUGAGAACGCUGCUGGAAAAGCAAUUUGCAGCGGCAAAGUAGAAGUUGGUGUAGGGGUGCGAGAGGAGGGACUCGAAAUUGUCCAAGUGCCGAACGACAAGAUGCACGCCUCAAGCAGUAGCGAGAAGCACUUUACGACAGAAAAGACGUCGGGAGAGGGUGGCUCUGAAAGCCAGGUACUGACCAAAAUGUCCUCCACGAUUACUGAAUCUUCAACAAGUCACAGUUCAACGAAAAAGGAGUUUGUUUCUUCAACAUGUUCCUCGACAUUAGGAACAUUACCCGGACACGUACCUGCGAAUCUUUGUGUUAAAAAGACUACUCAAAGUUCAGAAAACGCUUUUUCACAAAAUGGUGCACCUCCAGUUGUCCAGUGUCACAGAGUCGAGGAAUUCGAAAAAAUCUUUCAAGAUGUACCUGGCGAAGUUAAACAAGAGAGGACAGUCAUUAUUACGGAGGAUACGGAGUUAACAAAGCAUGUGUGUAAACCUUGCAGAAAGCAAACAGCUCCAAGAUUCGUUUCACCUGUCACGGGAAUGAUUGUGGAUCAGGGUACUGAUGUUGUCCUUGAGGGAAUUGUAGAUGGAUUUCCACAACCAAAAAUUUCUUGGGCUAAAAACAAUCAAGAGAUAAGAACAAAAGAUGGUAUCAAGAUGAUCUACGCUCAAAAUCACGCUCGUUUGGAAUUGAAGAAUGUCAAUGUCAAGGAUGCGGGACGAUACACUUGCACUGCCUUUAAUGACUUAGGAAAUGCAAGUAGUACAGCAGAUCUAGUUGUAAAAAAAACUAUCUUCCCUCCUGUAUUUGGAAGACGUCUUCAAGCCCAGGUUGUUAAACGAGGUGAUCGAGUGAUCAUGGAAGUCGAAAUAACAGGAACCCCUGAACCAACAGUUACAUGGUACAAAGAUGAUUUUCCCCUAAGAGAAAGACCACCCGAAAUUAGAAUGAAGCAGCAAGGAUGUUGUUAUCUUUUACUCAUUGAAAAAGCUGAAAAGACACAUGCUGGUAAAUAUAUGGUUCAUGCUACAAACGCUGGUGGCGAAGCUCAAAGUAUCGCAGACUUUGCUGUGUUUGAACCAACUCCCGACACAAUGAUAGAGUUCCACAAAACUCUCGUUUACGAGAAUGUACAAGAUAAAGAUGUUGUAGAGCCCGAUGAGAAGAAGGCAAAAAUACCGUCUGCGAAUCUCACUACUCAGCAUAUCACCACAACGAUGAUUCAGCCGAGUGCAGCAAUAAAAACUCCUAUUCCUCCUACGUCCUCCUGUUCCACUAUUCGAACGAUUCAAUCGGAAACGUCGGGCGACACUAAAGCAACACGUUCCGAAAUGAUAUCAUCGACCACUGAAUCCCAUCGUAGUGAAACGAAAUCCGAACAGAAAUUCCACAUGAAACUUGAGCAUAAAGCUGCACCUCUAUUCGAAAACGCGAGCGGUGACUUGGAGUAUGUAAAGCCAUCCAAGGAAUCGAAAACGACUAUUGAAACGACGAAAGAAGAAAUGACUAGUGGCGGAAAACUUGUAGAAAGAGAGAUUAAAACUUUUGAUGAACAGGCGACUCAAAUUGAAAAUGAAAAUGUCGAAACUUCGACUGUAGCAAAGAAGGACGCUUUGAGCUUCUUCGAAGCUAUGUCAAAAGGUAGUGAAAGUAGACCGAAGGGUCCGAAAGAUAUGAUUACACUAACAGAAGGACAGGUUGGAACCGGACCUGGCUGUGAUGUCAAAGUUGGCAAGCUAACGAAAAAUUAUGAGCGCACAACAAGAUUUGAGGAAGCUGUCAAGGAACCUGUCAAAGAACCCGUCAAAACUGAUUUUAAAACUUCAAAGAAAGCUGUACAGGAUAUCUUUUCUAAAUUUGAACAAAGCUCUUCUAGUCGAGGAAUUGAUAAUAAUCUUAUAGAAUUCCCUUACGAAGGUUAUAAGUUACCCCCCUUGGAGAUCAAGAGAACGAUUCUUGAAGACGUAACCGCUUCUGGAUCUCCUAUUCAUGGAACUCUUACGAUCUCAAAACUUGAAGCACAAUCAGAAAGUGCUGAAGCAAUGUUGAAAGGCUUCAAUCUCGUUCCAGAGCCACCUCCGGAAAUAGGAUAUGCACCUGCUGAGGUAGCAAAAAAAAAACGUCCUGACGUAUCCAUUAAAGCGAAACAGCUCCAAGAGUCAUUUGAUAAAGGUUUGUCCCCCGUGGAUGCCCCAUAUGGCGGUGUAAAACUUUUUCCCUCCUCACCGGUACCCAAACCAGAGCCAAAAUUUACGACACGGCCAACCUGUGCCACAGAAAGACCACUGUCUAUACCUCCUCCUUUUGAGCUUGGAAAGAAAGAAGUAAUUGAGGAAACUUGCACUAAGAAGAACGUCCAUCAGGAACAAAAAAAGACAACUGGAUCUGAUUUCAACAAGACAUAUGAUUCUAGUUCCAGUAUGAUGAGAUCUGUAUCACCAUACAAGGAAAUAACAAAAGAAAAAUUCACUUCAUCUUCAUCUGAUUAUGACAACCGUUCUCACGUUUCAACUGAUAUAUCUGAGUACAGAUGUCACUCGGUAGCUUCUUCAGAUCGACCAACAUCACCAAAACCAUCUACAGAUGCCUUAAGAAUGGAAAAAUCCUGGGCACAUAAGUCAGAAUCUGAAGCCAAUAGAAAGUCUUGGCCUCCACCUCGCGAAACAACACGAACUUUCACCGAUAGGCAAGAAUGGCAAGUACCAGAACAAGAUUUCAAACUCACCACGAAAGAAACCACAAAGGAUGUUGAAGUUACACCUGCAGGUCGUUCUGCCACAACUAAUAUUGAAUCCACCACCUCUAUAGAAAAAAAAUCCUGGGCCUCUCAAGAAAAUCGUUUCGUAGAGAAAAUCAUUGAGCAACCACCUCCUCCAAAACCCGAACCGAAACCCAUCAUCUACAAAGCAGAAACAACCAAAGUCGACCAUACCAUCAGCACAGUUCAAGAAAAGUCCAUUACUGAAAAAUACACAACUGAAUGUGAUGUACACAAGACGCAAACAACUGAGAAGAUGAUCGAAGCUAUUGAACAAAGAUCUACCAAACCUUGUCCUGCAUCAACCGACCUCAAAGCUCCGAGUUUAGUUAAAAGUGUUGAUACAAAGAAAACUGCAGUUCAGUUCUAUCACAAAAACCCAGAACCAAUAUUACAGCCAGGACCUCCACCUGAAAUCGGCUACGCGCCUGGUCCAGUCGUGCGAGAGAAUAAAAUUGAAAAAAUUGAAAAAACACUCGAGAUGUCUUUAGAACAUCAACCUGCAAGAAUUUUACCUGGUGCCGUAAGAACCAUACCGCCUCCUAUUCGUACAACCAAGAAAAAGGAAGAUUACUCCCCACCUCUUCCGCCAAAGGAUUUAAGAAUUACUCCUCCACCUAUACCAACAAGACAGCAACUGCUUGAGCCCUUCCCAUAUCAACCGACACCUUUAUCAGUACAAAAAACAACUCCCACUUUACCACACUCAUGCACCCCUACGAAAUUCGUAAAAACUUCCUUCUAUAGCGAGAGUGACUAUGAAUCUGAUAUGGAUGGUGGUAUUCGGUCAAAAUGGUGUCCUUGCGAAAGCGAUAACGAUGAGCCACGUUACAGAAAAGUCACAGCACCUACUCCUACACAACCUAGGCCCAAGUCAACUGAACCCGAACCUCUUCCUCCGUCCAGCUUUGAACUUCCUUCAUCAGAGUUUACGGGCCCGCCUAGACCCUUUGUCACUAGCGAAUUUCAACAAGAUAAAACAAUGAAAAAAACAAUGACCCGCCAUGAGAGAGAUUUUAAACAACAGCAGCAGCGUUGUUCUCAAACGUUUCAAUCACCGCCAGUUUUGCCUAAACCUGGGUCCCCUCCAAUAUAUGUUCAACCUACGAGCACUUUUGCGCAACGUUCACCACCCUCGAAACCCAUAAUGCCAGAGUCACCUAAAUUUAAAACGAAAACGUUCCAACAAGAAAGUGGUUACAUGGCAGACACUGAUGAACCUUUCCAAUAUCUGCAACAACAGCAGCAACAAAAAACUUGUAAUACAAGUAGUUCUGGACAGAAGGCCUUCAGCAAACACGAAGAAUCCUCAUUGACUUCUAAAUCAUUCUCAGAAUCAAAAUCUUCUUAUUCGGAAUCGCGAUCGAACUUCAUGGAAAGUAAAAAUUAUUCAAGCAUGCAAAUAUCUGAAUCGUCAAAACCUCCCCCCUGCACACAAUUCGUUCCUAAAACCCAGGUUCAGCGCACAUCGUAUAUCGAGAAAUCGAGUGCUUCGACUACUUUUCCAACGAAGGAGACAAUUCAUUCCGUCAAUCGCACUGAGCAAUGGAAAUCAGUACCUCAACCAGGGCAGAAAAUUCAACCACCUCCUAGUCCUUCUAAGUUCGUCAAAGGCGAAUUUCGCGAGAGCGACUACGAGAGUGAUUUUGAUAAUAGAAUAUCAACUCAUUGGAAGCCACGUGGCCCUGAUACAACCGAUCAUACCUCCAAAUCAGCAAAGCCGAACGUAGCUGGCACAGGAAAGCCACGUCCAGCAUCAUGGACAGAACCAACCCUACCAAGUCCGACUCCAGCUGUGACCAUAGACACUACAAAACAAACCACAAUGAAGAAUGUCUCUACUAAUGGAGAAAAAACAAGAUCAAAAUCAGUUCUGCUUCCUGGUUCACCUCCAGAAAUUGCCUACGCGCCUCCAAGCCAAUCUAGACAGAGCUUCUACGAAGGUAGAUCUGGCGCCCCAUUCCAUAAUGCUAUCGGAACUGAACUUAAAAAAACUGUUCGAAUGGAUGAAUCUACUGAGAAUACGAGAAGAGUAGUAACAGUAGAGCAAACCAGCAGAGUAAUAAAAUAUGGGGAGAACCAGACAGGCAAUUCUUAUGGAACAUCUAUGGGUCAUCAGCAGCAACAUCAGAGUUCCAUCAGUGUUCCAGUUCCAAAGAAAUUCAUCCAAGGCCAGUUUAGGGAGUCGGACUAUGAGAGCGACAUCGAUGCUGGCAGAAUCCGACCAAAGUGGACCCCUGCUGAAAGUGACACGGAUGAACCUAGAUAUCGAAAAGUCCAGCCGCCGAGAUCCAGCAGACCAAGAUCGAUUGAUGUAAGCCAAUCUUCUCCAAUCGUUACCUGGCCAAGUGAAUCGGAGAACGAGCGGUCCGAAACUGAGAUGAGAUCCAGCUUCAGUAAACAAAAGUCGAACGAACAAAUUCUGAAACCCGGAUCGCCUCCAGAGUUCGGCUACGCAUCAGGGAAGGAAUUGAGACAAACCGCAAAUCACGUAGCGUCGAAGCACAUGACCGAUAUGACGAGCAGCUUCAAGUCCAAAACAGAGAAGUUCGUUCAUGAUAUCCAGUCUGAUCUGAAGAAACGAAGUAAGCCCAUAUUGAAGUAUCCAGCUGAUGGCGGUGCCACGGAUGGUGAGGAUGAGCCACGCACUUAUAGAGAGGAAUCAAGGCUCUCACAAUAUGGAACGAAACACAUCGACCCGGAUACUGGGCUUAUAUACUUCAAGUACGAUUUUGGGUACGAAUUCGGCAUUGUGCUUCCUGGCGAGGGUAAGAAAACGGUCUCCAGCAGCAGCAAGUCAAUCCAAGGGCAGCGACGGGCUAGCGACAUUGAUGUACCGAUUGUUCACGAGUUUACAAGAAAAGAAAAUGGUUUCUCGAAAUUAGCUGCACCCACAUCUACCAACUACGGGAGCCAAUCGAAUUUCAAGCAGGAGAGGUUCGCACCUGCGAAAACUGUCAAGUGGGAGCCAACCUCUGAGAGCGAAUUUUCAGAAGCAGAGGAUCUAAGAGGAAGUAAAAAAUAUGGCGGAGGACUUCCAGUACCUCCUAGUAUCUUUAUUCCGGCUUCACCUUCACCAAGAUGGGAUCCAACGACACCAAGUCCGGUUUCUCUGAGUCCAAGUCUUCCCAGUCUCAGUCCUCGACAUAGCAGCGCUUGUACGGGACCUCCCAGUAACGUCGACUCUGCAGGAUCUCCCUGGCCUUAUAGCAAUGGCGUUCCAGCAGGAAAAGAGGUAAUUCAACCGUAUCUCGAACCGCAACCGAAGAAAGCUCCUCUGUUCAUUACGCCUCUUAGAGACAUCGCUGUUGUGAGUGGACAAACAGCACGAUUUGAAUGUAUCGUGCAAGCAGAACCUCAGCCAAACAUACUUUGGUCUAAAAACGGCAGGAUUAUUGAAAACUCUGCAAAUUACGAAGUCUACUAUAGAAAUGGUGUUUGUCGACUCACCUUACCACGAGCUUUUCCUGAUGAUGCUGGUACGUACGCAUGUACAGCGACAAAUAGUCUCGGUUCGGCAGGGACUACAUCGACAUUGCAGGUGCCAGGUAAUAGACGUUCGGUGUAUACCAUUAAUUAAUAAACAGCGAAAGGUGAAGGUGCAUCGCAAACGACAAACGCUCUAGCACGAAGGUGGUGGGAAAUCUGUGACGUCGCUCGAAGGAGUUUUGAAUUACAAGAAAUAUUUGUGCCAAAUGUCAAUUCUCGGUCAACGUACUGCUUAGAGCGAAUUUACAGAGAUCAUACUGAAGUAGCUUUAGAAUAUUCCUCAUUCGCAAUAUCGAAAAGGCUCGUAUUUUUAAUGCAAGACGCGCUAGAAAAACUUUUUGUUAUAACACCCCCAUGAUUUAGGCCUAUUUUCAUGCCUAUGCAGCAGGCCCACAAACUCGAUUUUCAAGCGGUGUGAGUAGAAUAAUAUAUUGUGUAUCAAGGAAGUGAAUUAUUCUUUUUACGGUCGAGCAUGAUUUUGCAAGAACGAGGCACAGCCGAGGUGUAGUCGAGGUAUAGCAAAUCAGUGAGACCGUAAAAAGACUGCUCCCGCCAAGUCACGAAAGUUCUGGCGCGCGCAUACGCCACGGCCUUCAGUUUACUUUAUCUGCCUGGGUCGGUAAAGUACCCUACCAUCAAUAUACUAUUCUGCAUUUUUACGACUUUGCAACACAGAAGAAAAUAUUUAAUCAAAAAGCGUCUUUUUCCGAUUUCGUUUUUGCAUAGGAAGCUUAUCGAAUGCAUUUUUUUUUCACCGGCUAAAAGGGAUCGUGCUUUUGCAGGCUGUAUCGUUCUACCUCUCUUGCACUCCUCGUUUCACUUUUAACCUUUUUCCCCUCACGUCCUCUCGUGGGUAUUAAUUAUUUAUAUCAUUUAUAUCAUUUUUAUCUUCACAUUUCUCUUAACUCACUCUUUCAAACUUACCGGGCAUUUUUAGUCUUUUUGAAAAAAAUUAAAACGAGGAGUACGUAGCGUCGAUUCUAGUCAUCAUCCCUAUAAAAACGUAUUGAACUGAAGUCUCCCAACGAGUAAAGAUUUUCAUAUUUAUUUUAAUUUGAACUUAGGCAAAAUUGUGAGAUUGGAAUUAGGUUUUUUAAAUAAGAAUUACAACUAGUGAUUAUUUUAUGAGUAAAUAAGAAAAGCUUAAUUUUAUUUAUGAAGCGAGGAGUAAGAGUUUUUACUUAAAGUCCCAAAGAAUCCCUUUUUUGGCUUUUGGAGCUUCAAGAUGAGACUUUUGAUUGAUAAAAAAAGUAUUUACUCAUAGUUAACGUAUGAACGUCAAAUGUUCAAGCCAGAUUGUUAUUAUUCUCGUUUAUUAUUGUUACGAUUAUCACUGAAUACUGUUACAAUUACAAUGAUCAUCGUUAUCAUUAAUGCUGUGUAAAUAAAGGUGUGCUUCCUCUAUGA